AUGGAUCUUGGGCAGCGAUUCGGUCGGGGUUUUGGCCCGGGGGAAGGUUCCAAGGGCGGCGGCGUGUCUCUCCUCUUCGGAAGUAUGUCGGCAAGCCCUGCCGCAACUUCUACGGCAACCCCUACGGCAGCCCCCUUCAGGAGCCCCAUACCCUCAGGCGGGGCGCCGGAGCCGCAACUCCCGCCGUCCAUUCCGCACCGACCGGCGGAGCAACCACGGAGGUAUGCAAACCAAUGUCUUUGUUUUCCGAGUCUUUUCUUUCUUGCCCUUCCCUAUUAGAUAGUUUCUUUUCACCACCCUAGGGCUUGCCUGCUGAUGUUUGAGUUCGUGUCUUAGUCAUUUCUACUUCUUUUUCGUUCUUUGCUUCCUUUGGGAAUAAAGAAUGAGGAUCGUGUCUGGUGCAUGAUCAUUCGUAAAGGAGGAGUUAUAUGUUGGCUUUAUGUAGCUGAAUAGUUAUGUUGGGACAAUUAUGAUGAAUGGUCUUUCUUUUGUUAAAUAUGCAUCAGUUGAUAGUUCAUAUGUAUCUUUCUUGUUCUUAAUAUGUGGAUGUAUAAUCAGUUGCGACUUCGUCUAGUUUUAUUCUGAUAACAUUUAGAUUUGUAUCUAGAAAACACUAUUUGUCCCCUUGGAGAAGAUAUUUUUUCUGGUGCUAAACUUCGCACACAUCCACACAGAUGCCACUGCAUCCUAGGACCUGCUUAGAGGUUUCGAAUCGACUAUUUUUAUCAAUUAAUCAGAGUUUUUUUAGAGUGGACCUUAGGGUGAGACCCGGCAAUCUUUUCCAACUGAUAUGAUAUACAUAGAUAUUUCAACAAUAUUGACUGUGGAAAACAUCGAGGGAAGAUUAUUUGAUGGAUUUUUUUUUUUUUUAAGAGUAGCUUCUUAUCUAAUGGAUAUCUGUAUAAAGGUUUGUGGAUCAUAUAGUUCGUGAGGCGAAUGUUAUGGGAAUUGGAUUACAAAUAGACUUAAGGUAUGUUAGAACUUUGGAGUUGGAUGAGGGAUUUUUUACCUCCCAAAGCUAUGGCCGCGUGACAGUGAAAGAGUUGUCGUGGUGUCAGUAAAAUGUUUUUCAGCAGUUUCGACAGGAUUAUAUUGGGAUCCUCAAUUGUGAAAUAUUACUGAUAAAUAGUUUGAUUUAUGUAAUGGGAUGUUACCUGUUAUCACUUCACUUCACUUCAUUCUAUUUUGGGAAACAUUUGGAUAAUGAAAUGGUAAAAAAUAGUCUUUUAUGGCUGAUAGAACCAGGACUGGAGUAAAACGCAUGUGAAUAAUUUGAUCUUCUAUGUGCUGGUUGAAAUCAGUUUUGAUAAUCUUUUUCCAUCUUUCUUGAACAGUUGGUGAAGCAACUUAUAACAAGAAACCAGAAAUUUAUUAUAUAAUUGAGAUUCCGUAUGACAUUCCAUAUAAUUGAGCCUUUCAAGAAAUAUCUUUUUUGGAGGCUCAGAAGUUACAGUUGGCAUUUGCAUACCAUGCAGAGUGAUAAAUCUCGGCCAGAAUGACAAGGAUUUUAAAUUAGAAACUGAAAGUAAAAUUCCGGAUUGAUUACAAACAAAAAUCCCACUACAUUAAACGGUAGUAGGUUUCAACUGUGGUGGACGGAUGCACAAGAAAUUCGGGGGAAAAAACAGAAUCAAUUGGUUCUUUCCAGAGCCUUCAUAGAAUCAAUUGGUAAUAUUUUUAAAAAUAUUACCUGCUUUGUUUCUGUCACAAAAAGAAAAAUCAACAAUAAAUUUUCAGAGGGAUAAGUUGUUAUCAUGGCCACCUCAGACUGUUGAAGUUUACAACUUAUGCAUUCCACGACCAUGAUUUGGAAUUGUUGACGCAAGUUUACCAAGUAAUUGAUCCCCAAGUGUACUGGGAUCAAGUAGAUUAUGAACCAGGCGAGAUUCCAUGUUGACUCCGAGAAAAUGCUUAGUCCAGGAUGGAGAUUCUGUGUGUUCGACUGGGAAGAAAAGAGGGAGAGGCGAUCCACUUAUCCACAUAUUUGAAACCUGUUAUAUUUACCUGUUAUAUUUGCACUGGAAACCAAAUGGAGACAUGAUCCAUAUGUUUGAAACCUAGAAUUAAACUGGACGCAAUUAACGUAGUUGUGUUUUAGUGAUUCAAUACUUUAUCUGGAGUAAUGAAAUGUCUUUAGUAAAUAUGGUUGCCAUGAUUCAGUUUUUGCUCUUGUUUGCUGGAAAUUAAAGUGAUACAAUGAUCACCAACAUGGAUUUAUCUUGCAAGGUAUUUAUCAGCACUUUAUUUUGCAAUGUAUCUGACUUAACAUGGAUCACCUCAAGAUGACCAACGAAGCAUUGCAGAAGUUUAUCUGACUGUCAGUGACUCAUGAACUGGUAAUCUAUUCUUCAGGGAUGAUGCGUUUCGAUUUGAUAGUCGCCAGAGAUCUCCCAUUGAUUCAACGCAAAAAUUAAUGUCUGACGCUUCUCAUGCUCUUGCAAAUGCUGGUGGAACCUCCUCUUCGCGAAUUCCUGCCCAAUUUCAGGGUCCCAAAAGGACCAGAUCACCUCCUUUACCAUCUGCUGCUGCUUCUUUAAAUAUUCCACACUCCACUGAGCUGGAUUCCGAGAGGUGAUUCCAUUUGGCAUUUCACUUCUUCUAACUGUGAUUAUUCCCAAUAAUUGUUCUGCAUCCAUCUGAUUUAUUUUUCAACUGAAGGGAGAUGGAGGCUAAAGCAAAAAGAUUGGCACGAUUUCAUGUAGAACUAAGCAAAACAGAAGAACAGUCGUUUGAAUUUUCGAGGAAAGUUUCUGGAAAUAAAACCAGUCAAGUUCAACCGCAGGCAGUAAAGCUUCCCAUUGGGGACUCUAACAGGAAACCAGAUUCAUUAAACGGGGGCCUUCUGCCUGAUAAUGAAGGCCUGGAGUCAUACACGCCAAUACACGGUGUAUGUCCAGAUAUGUGUCCAGGUAUACUUUUCAUCUUUGUCACUGGAAGCUUUUCUGUGUUAUGACUCCCUGUGGGAUAUGCUUUUCUUCUGGUUGACAAGAUAUGUGUUCAUUUUAAAGAAAAAUAAUCAGGGUACAAUGCAAAAAGUAUCUGGUUAUUUUAUUAACAUUGCCUUACUCUUUAGAAUCCGAAAGGGGAGAGCGUGAGAGGAAAGGAGAUCUUGACAAAUAUGAGCGUUUGGAUGGAGACAGGAACCAUACAAGCAUAUCUCUCGCAGUGAAAAAGGUAUCUAAUUGCUGCGUUUAAGGGGUUCUUAUGUAAGCUAGGAUUUAUUCUGAAGUCAGGUUUAUAUAACAGGAAGCAUGAUGGAAGUUAUUUUCUAAUUCAUACAGUAUACUAGGACGGCAGAACGUCAUGCAGAGGUGAUAAGGCCGUUGCCAGUAUUGAGAAGGACGGUUGAUUAUCUUCUGGGUUUAUUGAAACACCCUUAUGAUGAUCAGUUUCUUAGCCUCUAUAAUUUCCUUUGGGAUAGAAUGAGAGCUGUCCGCAUGGACCUAAGGAUGCAGCACAUUUUUAACCAGGAUGCAAUUGAUAUGCUUGAGCAGAUGGUCUCUUUCUCCACCUGGCAUCCUAAUUACUCAAUUUCUUAAUAUGGUGGAUGCCGCUAAUUGGCUUUUCUGAUUCAUGAUUCUAGAUAAGACUUCACAUCAUUGCUAUGCAUGAGCUUUCCGAGCACCAGAAAGGAGAGGGCUUCUCAGAGGGUUUUGAUGCACAUCUGAACAUAGAGCAGAUGAACAAAACGUCUGUGGAGUUAUUUCAGAUGUACGAUGACCAUAGAAAACAAGGAAGCGGAAUCCAGACAGAGAAAGAGUUUCGGGGUUAUUAUGCACUUCUUAAACUGGAUAAACAUCCAGGUUAUAAGGUAAAUCAGCCUCACGCUUGCAAGCUUUAUCUUCUUUCUGUUGUGGACUUGAUUAAAUAUUAUGAGUUGUCAUCCUAGGUUGAGCCUGCUGAGCUCUCGCUGGAUCUUGCAAAGAUGCCACCAGAGAUACGGCACACUCCUGAAAUUGGUUUUGCCCGUGAUGUGGCAAGGUAAUAUUCCUCUUCUUAUAUCUUGCCAAAUGUGUGUAAUAGCUUUGAAAUAGGCUAAUAGCUCGAGUGAUUAUCAAUUUCAGAGCCUGCAGAACCGGUAACUUUAUUGCCUUCUUCAAGCUCGCAAGAAAAGCAACUUAUCUUCAAGCAUGCCUCAUGCAUGCUCACUUUUCCAAGGUACUGGACAUUCAUUUUCUCAUAGCAGAGUUGUAUGGCAUCAAGACAGUUUCUUUCAUGGAAGGCUCGCUGUUAUUUGGUUAUUUAUGGGCAUACUGGCAUAUUGCUUCGUCAAAGAAGUUGAAGAGUUAUGAGAGAAUUUUAUUGCUGACUGUUAAUCAUAUCAGAUGAUUUAGAUCUCGCUUUUUGAAACUCUCUGCUUCCCACUAAAAUAUUGGAACUUCUUAUCCUGGAGUAGUGUUGAUAUCUGGGAUGCAAUCCAACUGCCAUAUUUUAAAGCUAGUGAUUCGGCUCAGUUAUAUGAAGUUAAGGUGAAGACAAUUGUCACAAAACAGAGAAGUAAAAUAGUUAUGGAAUAUUUUUAUCAGUUGAAAGCUUAAUGACGACACGUGACCAUUAUAGGUUGAUUAAAACAAAUGUCCUGAGGAUUUCAUUGACCAAGAUUGAGUUAUGAUUUUCCCUCUGUGCUUAAACCAUAAUUUGGUCGAGUAAGAAUUCAGAUUCGUACUCAAUGAAAUAAUCAAGACGCUCGAGGUUUCAUGCCUUAAUGAGGCAGUGGCACUGAUUCGAGGAGAGUAAACAGACGAGGCGUGGUGCUUGAACCACAAAUAAUGUACAGCUCGACUCUGGUGGCUAGAGGUGGCUAUGAUUCAGCCCAAAUGGGAGAAAGCACAAGGUGCUGAGGGUGACCAUAAAGAUAGCCUAUGAUGCAUUUGCUGUAAGAAGCCAUACCAUGCUCACGAAUUGUGUUGAAAGGUCCAUGGAAAACCUCUGAGUCAGGGAAAGGGACAGAGAAGAUAGCGGUCAGGGAACAAUGGUAAGGCUCAUGUCCGGACAACAGAGCAGCACCAAAUGCGUAUGGCAGUCUCAGCCAAAAAGAGGUUGAGAGGGUGAUAUCCUGCAUUGACAAUUUUGACGAACUCACAGAUUCUUGUUCAUUGCCGUCUUUAAUUGAAUUUCCAUCCUCUAUUGAAUUAAAGGUCGUAGGUAUAACCUUUGCUGACUCCUCAAUAAUUGCUUCAGGAGCUACAGAUCAUAUGACCCACUCGACAGAUUUCUUUUCCACAUUCUCUUCUUGUCCAAGCAGUAGGAAAAAUAACCCUAGAUGGUUCUUUUCCACAUACUUACCAGAUGGCUCUUUGACUACUACAGCAGGUGUACGAAAUGUUAAAAUACACCCUUCAUUGACUUUAAAAAAAAUUCUUAAUGCCCCUAGAUUGUCCAAAAAGCUUGUGUCUAUCCAAAAGCUGGCCCAAGAUUUAUACUGCAAAGUAGUUUUUCAUCAUAGUCAAUCAUGUAUUUUUUCACAAGGAUUCGUGAAUGAUGAUAGGAUAUGAUAGAAAAUGGGAUGGACUCUACUGGCUUGAAGCACCGAGCCAGAAAAACGUUGUAAAAGGGAAAAUUACCUUAUUCUCGUGAGCUUUGUCCAUCCAAGAAGGAGAGAGUUCGGCUUAACCAUCGACUUGGGCAUCUGUCAUUUAUGGUUAUUAGAAUUCUGUUUCCUUCUUAUUAAAGGUCAAAGUGGUAAAGAUUUUAAUUGUAACAUAUACUAACUUGGUAAAAACAAACAAGUCACUUUUUCAGCUAGUAAUAAAAGUUGUAUUCUUUUUUAUCUUAUUCAUCUUGAUUUCUGGGUCCUACAGUUUUUAAUAUUUUUGGGGCUAGAUUGUUUUUGCUAUUCAUUGAUGAUUUUAUUCAUGUUACUUCGAUUUCUCUGCUGAACUAGAAAUCUGAUGUCAGUACUGUUCUCCAAGAUCUUUGCUCCAUGAUCAAGAAUCAAUUUGAGGUCAAUGUAAGAAGGUUUGAUUUCAGAUAAUGAUGAGGACUAUUUCUUAUCUUAGCUCCAUACUUUCAAAAAGAAGGGAUAUCAUUAUUCUAUCCAAACCUACACACUGUAAAUAAUCUUGUCCUUUGGAUAUUUGAAUGUGUAUCAUUUAUUCAUGUUCAUGGUCAACAACAUGGAAAUUAGAUCCAAGGGUGUUGAAUUGUCUCUCUGAGGCUACUCUCUAACUCAGAAAGCGUAUGUGUUAUGACCCUCCAUCAAAGGAUGCCACUUUCAACGAACAUGAGUCCUUCACCAAACCCUAUGUUCAGAGGGGAGGUCAAUCAUUGAAGAUAAUGAUGGGAAUUUUUUUGUCUACCAUCACUUCUUAUUUCCUUGAAUAUUCCUCUGUCUGAACCCAUAUCUAGGUCUAUGAGAAAGCUGAAUCUGAAACUCUAGAAAACCUUCAAGAAAGUUCAAACUCUGCCUCUGAAAAUGUGAGAUUUGGUAAAGGUGAGUUGUUCUCAAGGAAGAAGACGGUUGUUUCUGAAUCUAUACAGGCUCGAAAAUCUAACCUAGAUUAUGAGAAUGAGGUAACAAUUUACAGUCCUCCAUCGCUAGCUGAAUCUGAAUGUCAUAUGGGCAAUAAUUGGGAUUAUGCCAUGAUACUCCCCCAUGGUGCUUGUUUGAAUUUCUAGGCUGGGCACAAGUAAGUUAAAUGCCUAUGAGAAUGAAGUUUACUCUUUUUGAUUUCUUCAAGAAGAUUAAUUUUGUCACAUUUAUCAGGUGUUGUAUUUAGUUCAAGUUUAACACUUCUAUUUGCAAUAGAGGUUACAGUUAUAGAAUAUGGUUGCUUUUCUGUGAACUUUCUUGCAUUAUCCAAUUGUCAGUGAAAAUUUUGUCCCUAGUCUGACAGCAGACGUGAUACAUUUUAUGCAGUUACGGACACAGGCACUUGCAUCGCUCCAUUGUGGCCUUCAAAGCAAUCAAGGAAUUCCAGUUGGACAUGUUGUGAAAUGGCUUGCCAUGGAGGUACUCUAUGAGACCUACUCACUAUUUUGUUUUCAUAGUGUACGUUGGUUAAUAAAGUUGUCACUGUGAUUGUUAAUUGUUGCAAGUAAUUGGUGAUUGAACUACACCUUGUCAAUACCCUGCAGGAUUGUCAAUUAGUUGAAUCUGUAUCAACAGAAACCUUAUCAAAUCGUUAAUAAUAUUAAAGGUCGAUAUUGAUCAGAUGAAUCACAAUAUGUGCAGUAAUAAGAGUAUUGACCGUAAAUUAUUCUUGUACUUCAAGGAGAAAAUGUGUGCAAACGGGAUGAUGCUAGGUAUCUUGGAAGAAAUUACUAGCUUUUCAACUAGACAAUUAGAAAGGCAUAGUUGUGGAGUUUCAUGACGAGAGAAAAGAAAUGGACAGGCCAGCUAUGGUCGUAGGUUUUGAGACAGGAAAUUGGUACUGCAACUUACCUCUAAUUCGGAAAAGUUUGAUUGCAGAAUAGGUGGAUAGAAGGAAACUUCUGUCAGUUGCAUGUAGACUCAUUUUGCAUACGACUGUCCUAUUUGUCGAACUUACUCUCUCUCUCCCCCUCUCUUUGUUCAGGAUCCCCGGAUCAGUAGCUAAGAAGAUAGUAGCUGUUCACCUCAGGAUACAUCAUAUUUUUGUGCUAUAGGAUUAAAUCCAUAGACCCACAUUGUUAUACUGGUUUCAGUAUUUAGCCGUACAAGUUCUUAAUUGGUCUGCUAGGCAUAACACCUGUUAUUUCUCUUUUCGUUCUCUUUAGGGAGAAGAUAUUGAUAGCCUCUUAGAAUAUUAUGGAUUCUCAACGAGGAGAUUUGAGGAACCGUACAUGGUGAAAGGAGGGCCGUUCCUUAAUAGUGAGGUGGACUACCCAACAAACUGCUCACAACUGGUCAAGUUGAAACGGUCAAACAAUAUUUUCGAUGAUGUCUGCAAUAAUCAGGAUCUUUUAAGCCCCGAUGAACUUUUAUCCAGUGAUAUUGAAGUGGAAGAGAAAUGGAAGAGAUUUGAUGAAAGAGAAAUGGAAGUUCCUCUUCCUGAAGCCUAUAUUGAAGUAGCUGACAAAACAAUGCCUGAUUUUAUUGCUGAUCAUUGCUCCGAAGAGGUAAUGGAACCUCAAAUGAUGCCUGAGGAGCCGUCCCCCGUCAGUUUUAAAAGUGCUGUUGAAAGUGAAACGGAUGAUGUCCAGAUAGGGAUGCCACAUGACACGCUAGUAAUUGAGUCUUUAUGUAUCCCAACGCUCUCCAGAGAUGACGAGCUACUCUCUGAGCCAUGCGGAGAGAGUACGUUGGAUGAAAUCGACUCAUCUCAUCAGAUUGGACUGCCCAUACAAGCUGAAGAACCAGAAAGUCCAAAGUUAGCACUGAGAGUCGAGAAGUACCCUUUGGAUGAGCAAGCGGCAGAGUCUGUACGUCAGAAAGAAGUUACUGCGAGGCUCAAGAGGAUUUUAAGGUCAGUUAUCAUUGGGGUCUUGUGUCCUCUCAGGAUUUGCUCGACAUAGGAUGAAUGUUCACUUUACUCUCCCUUUUUCUGUGGCUAGGACAUGGAAGCGACACUCCUCAAAAAAGAGAGAAAUGAGAGAGCGAAGACAGUCAUUAUCAUAUGCUGCUUUAAGUUCGCUACCAUUGGGACCACCUGUUCGGCAAACUGUGAUGGUAAGUAGUCUCCAAAGCUCUGCAAUCUCUACUUGUUUUUUUCUUUUUUUAGGACCUUUCUUAUUCGUUGACACUUCCGUCUCAUGUUAUUUACAUUUUAUCUAAACAGGAGAGCCAUCCAAGUGCGAGUCUGAACAUCGAUCAUGUUGCAAUGGAGCGAUAUUGUAAUUAUCAAAGGUCAUGGUGCAGGUUUAAUGUUUCAGAGGUGAUUGCUCCAAUUCUAAGAGCGAGAAAUCCGCUUGCAAAAUGCCUGGUCUGGAAAUUGGCCGUUUGCCUGCAAAUAGACAACAGUGGGGGUAAAGAUAAUCAAAUGUUCUUGUCGUGGUUCCUCUGGAAGCUCAUGGGCUCCGGAACAGAGGAGGAUGACGGGUGUGUUCUCUCUUCUCCCACCUUAUCAAUCUGGAGGAUGCUUGCGAACAAUCCUGCUGAGAUCGGUCCUCCAAAGCCUUGCUGCUACUCUGUUGUUAGGAGGGUGGGAUCUGAGGACUGCACCAUGGCUGGCUUGUCUGCUGUUAUAUUUCUUGUGUCAGAAGGCAUCCCAUGGGCAACUCAGAGAGGUCAGCUCGAUAAUGUUUUGAGUUCAAUCCCAUCUGGGUCUACUCUGCCUCUUCUGAUCUUGAGCUGCUACAAUCCGCACGGGGGUGGUUCUGAUCCUCAGUCCGUGAUCAUCGACGGCCUGGGACUGAGGCGCUUGAACAGGGCAGUUAUAAGCAGCUACCGUGUUUUCUUCUUUGACAAUGGGAACCUUACCAAGGGCUUCUUCAGUGAUGAUCAUCUCAAAAGCUGUCUACAUUGGCUGGCGGCAAAUUCACCUCUCCAACCCCGUCUUCACCGGGUUGGGGUGCGUGAUUUGGUCGUGGGCUUCUUGAAUUCUUUGCUGGCUGCCCUGGAGAAUUUGGAGCCCUCUGAGGUUAGCCCGGGCCAUUGUGUUGGCAUCUUUAACAAGGCGUUGGAUCGUUCUGCAGAGGAAAUCCGUGCAGCAGUGGAUAUGAACAGAAAUGGCUGGCCGGGACCAGAGAUCGACCUGCUGAGGGACUUACCCUAUGAUUCUCAGGUCAUCCAUAUGUUGCCGAGAGUAGACUGGAGCAGUGAUGCAAGAAUUGAGCCGCUUAUCACGGCCAUAAAGAGAUGUAGGCUGCCGAUCUUCCCUGAUGAUUUAAUGUGGUUGACCCAAGGUUGCAUUGGAUUUGAUGAUAUUGCCAGGCAGAAGGCAGCGCUGGAGCUUUCCUUAUUCAGCUACCUCAACCACAGCGUUGGACUUCCAUGCGAGAGUCUGGCUUCCUUGGAGGCAAGAGUCAUGGUGCAGAAGGGAGCUUGUCUCGAACGCCGGGGUUCCCGCCACUUCAUCAUCCCAGGAUGGGUCAUGAUCUUUCGUCGGAUCUAUAAUUGGCGCCUGGUAGGUUUGUCCGGCUGGAAAUUCACGGAUGCCUAUGUGAUGGAGAAGAGACUUCCUGCAAUGGAGCCGGCUCAGUACAACACUCUUCCCUGGGCUCCCCAGUUGGCGCGUUCCUCGCCUCGGAUCCGCCUGGAGGAGUGGGUGGACACUGCCGGCAACGUUCUUUCGGCCCAGCCGUCCGAAUCGAUUGAGCCCAAUGGACGGCAAGACUCCAGAGUUUCUAAUGGCGCAGUUGAUCUUGUUCUUGGUACUGGCAGUGGUGCUCCCCCUCGGGAGAGCUGUGCUGACUAUGUGGCUCCAAAUGGGAAGGUUGCACUCGUUAAUGGAGAAAAGUUGGGAGUGGAUAAGUUGGCAGCAAUGCUUGAAAAAUGUAAUAGAUUGCAGGACUCCAUCGGUCAGAAGCUUGCUGUUUAUUUCUAA